AUGGAACAACCUAAAUUGGCUAAAGUGAAUAAGGUGCUGGGACGUACUGGAAGCCGAGGAGGAGUUAUACAAGUUAGAGUUGACUUUAUGGGUGAAAGCGGCUGGGAAGGCCGCACUCUAAUUAGAAAUGUCAAAGGACCAGUUAGAGAAGGUGAUAUUCUGGCUCUUUUGGAAACGGAAAGGGAGGCCAGAAGGUUGCGCUAA